AUGUCGAAUUUAAAUGGCAGUUCGGCAGUCCCUUCUGCAUCGAAGAAACGAACAUCUCAACGGAUAAAAGCUCAUUCAUCAGGCAUCGUACUUAGAAGAACAUCAGCUCGUGCUGCUGCUUUGUCCAAUAAGUCAUUAACUGGGACUCGAAAAACAUUGGAGAAUACUGUUUUUAAUAAGUAUAUUAGUCGAAGAACAUCACUAUUCAAAAACACUCUUCCUUUAAAAGCACCAAGUCUUCGAGCGACGAUGAAGACACAUGAAUCCUUAUUUAACAGCAAAGGAAUACUUUUUCGAGUUGGCGAUAUUAUUUCGGCAAUUGACAAAGAAAAUGGAAAAAAAUAUUUUGCUCAAAUACGAGGACUUUUAACAGACAUAUAUGCUGAAAAAUCAGUGGCACUAAAUUGGUUUGUACCACUUGCUUCAGCUGCUGAUCCUCAUAUUUUUGAUGCCGAACACUUUGUUCAUGCAGUAUCUGAUUCUAAAUUCUACAAACUUGAGACCCUGGACAGUGAAUGCCUCUCGAGAUUCAUAAGCUAUGAUUUUGCCAAUCAAAGAUGUUGUCUUAUGUGGAAAAUGAAUAAUUAUCCGCUACCUAAUAGAGAAUUAUUGGCCAUAAUUGGCCAUACUGACUAUGGUCAGGAUUGUACUUUUCUACAACACGUCCCUGAUCUACCGGAAUACCGUUGGAAGUGGUCUCCUCUAACAUGUGCUAUGGAUCAACUUCGUUCUGAAUUGUGUGAGCGAUGGAAGAACAUACGAAGAUUAGAUAAUAUUCAGCCUAGUUUAAUGGACAAGAUCGGUAUUAAAGAUGAUCAUCCUUAA